AUGCAAUGCCAAGCAGAUGUGGUGCUCAUCAGUGCUACACUGGUCCUAAGGCUCGCCGGGGCUCUGGACAACGACCGAGAUGCAUGGGGUGGCUUUAGCAACUCUGUGGUGCUUUCCGUGGCGGUGCUUGGCAUCGUCUCAGCAGGGGUUCAUCACACCGGUGUCAUCGAUUUCAUUUUCAUGCGUGUCUUGGGCCAUCCGAAGACCUACUUUGCCGCCAUCCUGCGGCUGAGUCUCCCUGCGAUGCCUCUGGCUGCUUCCAUCUCCAAUACCUGCGUCAUGGGAGUAAUGAUUCCUGUUAUCGAGAAGUGGUGCAAAGAGAUAAAUAUGCCACCGCGACUGUUUCUGAUGCCAAUGUCUUACAUCAUGCUCGUCAUUGGUGCCUUUGCCAUUUUUUCGACUUCUUCCAAUCUGGUGGCUCAGAGUCUUCUAAUGGAAAGAGGCCUCGAGCCCUUUGGCAACUUUGAAAUUUCACCGCUGGCUAUCACAUGUGGCAUGGCGACAGUGCUUUACCUUGCGAUUGCAGUUCCGACACUUCUAUACAUAGAAGCUUCAGAGACACCGACGCCAACGCUGUCCCCCAAGGGAUCCAGGCCGUUGGUGUCUUCUGGAACCAAACUCUUUCUGGCCAACAUCCAGAUCAGCGGCAGUCUGCUCAGCGGAAAGUCGCUGGGAGAGUCGGGACUUCUCACUGUCCUGGGCAAAGUGGCCAGCAUCGUUCGUGUGGAACGCAUGGGCGAGGAGGUUGCCAUUGCGGGUGACUUCAAUGAAAGAUUCGAACUUGAGCAGUAUGAUGUCCUAUAUAUUUGGACCACAACUGAUGCGAUUCUGGAACUCAUCAGCUUCAGCUGGGUUAGUCUCAUCGCAUUGGACGGUGGUUUCGAGCAUCAACAUCGCGAUGACGGUCGUGAAGUUGUGGAGGUAGUGCUGGAUGGCUUGUGUCCAUUGGUGAAGGAACAGCUCACCUCCACCACCAUGCUGGACGGUGCCUAUGGGGCCAACUGCCUGGCAAUCCGACCCUGCUCCAUGCAGCACUUCCAGAAACCAGAAGCGCAGGCAUCAGAGGUGCGGACCUUUGUGGGCCUGUUGAGGGAUCAAAAGAAAGCCUACCAGUUUCACAUUGGUGACAACCUCAUCCUGGAUGUCCCGCGCAACUUUGCAGCGGACUACCAGAACACCACGCACUUCACUUUGGUGCGGAGGUUGAGCCAAGAUGAGGAAGAAAGUGGAAAGGGUGAUGUUGGUGAGGCACAGUACCGAGACAUGAUGGUGAGUGGUGCACUUUUGGUGAUGCUAAUUAUUUUGGUGGCCAGCAAUACAAUGCCUUUGCUGGAGGCUGCACUCUUGAGCUCCUUUCUGAUGGUUCUCCUUGGCUGCCUCCCUCAAAAGAAGGCAUUUAGCGCCAUCAACCUGCGAAUUGUGCUGACCAUUGUAGGUGCCUUUGGAAUUGCCAAGGCUGUGAACAAGACAAACCUGGCCGCGGUGAUGGCGCACAUGACUUGUGAGUUGCUGGCACCAUUCGGCUCCCGCGGUAUCUAUGCUGGGAUCUUUAUCGCCACCGUGGGACUGGGAGUGGUCUUCCACUGCACAGCAGUGGUGAGUCUGCUCUUUCCCAUUGUUGUGGCCAUCAGCGAGAGCGACAACCUUCCAGUGCCCUUGCAUGAGGCCAUGGCGGUUUUGAUGAUGGGCGCCACCUGUCAGGUACUCUCACCUGUGUCGUAUCAGACCAACAUCAUGGACGCUUGGCAGAAAGUAAUCCCUUCCCCAACCCCCCAAAAAAAUAUUCAACAUCUCCCAGUGCCCAGAGUCACCAUAGUGGAUGUCGGGGAUGAAACCACAUACUGUAUUGGAAGGAGUAAAGAUGGGGAUGCUUAA